GACAUGUUCUUCUUCUUCUGUUGUUUUUCUGUUGUUUCAUUCAAUUCGUUUGAUUUUGAUUUUUCACUUUCAUUUCAUUUGAAUUCAAUUCUGUGACCAAACUUUAUUUCAUCUGCGAAGACAUAUCCAGACAUAAACAAAAAUGGAGACCAAAAAAUACGGAUUGAUUCAAUUGUCGAAAAAUUCAAACAAACCGAUCGCCACACUCAAGAAGAAUAUAUUUGAAAGCGAUUCCGAUGACAAUGAAGACGGCAAUGAAGAUAGUAGUCGACCUAAUGUCAAAAAACGAGUGGACACGUCGUCGGGCGUCAAACGACAGACACAGUUGGAUAUUAGUCGAGCGCUUACUGAAGAUCCCAAUGUCUUUGAAUACGAUAGCAUUUAUGACGAUAUGAAGACCAAAAAAGAAGAGACAAAAGUGGCGAUCGAAACGGAUUUGAAAAACAAAGAACGACCGAAACCUAAAUAUAUGAAUACUUUGCUGAAGUAUUCGGAAAACAGAAAAUUAGAAACAGAAAGAAGAGCUGAACGAAAAAUACAGAAAGAAAGAGAACUCGAGGGCAACGAGUUUGCAGAUAAGGAACAGUUUGUGACCAAUGCUUACAAACAGAAAUUACAAGAAAUGAAAGCCUUGGAGCUUAAGGAACAAAAGGAACAACAGAUUGAAGAUAUGUUGGAUGUAAGGAAACAACAAGAUUUGUCCGGUUUUUACCGAAAUCUACUUAAUAGAGACAUGUCUUCCGAACCGAAAACAUCGGAAACUGAUUUAUCAUCCGAAGAGUUAGCAGCAAAUGUAGCAAAAGAAACUAAAGUAAAAGAUAUACCAAAAUCUAAACCUAAUCGUCAAUUCAGAGCUCGCCGAAAGAGCUCUUCGGAAGAGGAAGAAGAUGGCGAAGUAGUGGACGAAAGCAAAGAAAAACCAAAUCUGUUUAAAAAACCCAAUUUUGAAGACAAAUCUAAUAAUCAAUCAAAUAAAACGAUAAACAAGAGACAAGAAAGUAAAAGUGGAACCAAUGAAUUACUUCAUGACAAACAUAAGACUGCUAUCACCACCAGUAGUGAUGACCAGAAAUCUAGUGAUAAUUUAGUUGAUAAUAAUGAGACCACUAAUGAUGAGACAACAGCUGAAACAGAAGAAGAGAGGAAACCAAAGUUAAGCCGAAGAGAACUAUUGAUACAAAUGUUUACUAAGAGAACAGUCGGAGAGGUAUUAACUGAGGCACAGAUGAGAUACUUUCAAAGGAAAGGCAAUUAUGUUUUGUAAGAUAAAGACAAAAAAUUAGCCGACGCUAAAUGUAUUUUGACUUAAAGUGCUUAAGAACUCCCUAUAAAUGCAGACAAAUAACAAAAUUAUGUGAAUAUACGAACUUCUUGGACCACCAUUUCGUUGUUGAUUAGAAUGAAGACUACGCCGAUG